AUGGAUACUCCGGUAAUUAAUUUAUCGGCCAGAGAUUUGGAAAAAGUUUAUGAACCUUCGGAGGAUUCCUUCCUUUUAAUAGAUGCCUUAGAAGCCGAUUUGAAGGUUUUGAAAGCUGCAAAACCUGUGAUGUGUUUAGAGAUAGGUAGCGGAUCCGGUGUUGUAAUCGCUGCUCUGGCGAUGGCAUUGAGCGAUCACUGUCAAUCUUAUCAUCUUGCGAUCGACAUCGAUCGCGAUGCAUGUAAAGUCACGCGGGGAACUGCUAUGCUCAAUUCGGUAGACGUAGAUGUUGUACAGAUGGAUUUAUUGGGUUGUAUACGUAAUAAUUGUGUUUUCGAUAUAGUGGUAUUUAAUCCACCGUACGUAGUGACGAGCGACGAAGAAAUACUAGAUGCAAAGUUUUUGUUCAAGACCUGGGCGGGUGGUACAAAUGGUAGAAAGGUUAUGGAGCGCGUGUUCUCGAGGAUUCCCACUAUUCUAUCGGACACGGGAACAUUUUAUCUACUGGUCAUUAAAGAGAACGAUCCAGAAUAUAUUCUGCGUAUUUUUAAGGAUUUAAACAUGGUAGGCGAGAUAGUAAUGGAAAGGAAAAUUCGAGGAGAGCAUUUGUACAUUUUACGUUUUAAAAAGAUUAAGUAACCAUAAUAUGUAUAUAUAUAUAUAUAUAUAUAUAUAUGUAACGAGUAUAUAUUUUUCCUUAUCAAAAAUACUGAAAUUUCAAUGGCAGACAAGUACUUAUUUAGUGUUUUUGUCGAUGUUGUUUAAAUAGUCUGUGUUCGAUAAUUACAUUGGUAAGAAAAAGUUUAAAACUCGAUAUACGUGGAACAUAGCCCUAACAUUUAAUGCUUGAUCCUGUAAAAAAGAUAUUUAUGCGACCGGCGUGCGUACAAGCGUUAGAAUAUCACUUGAUGCGUUUAUGUUGCGAUCUGUUAACAGGAGAAAUUAAAAGAGACGAUUAUGUGUAUAAAGUAAAGAAAUUAUUUCUUGUUACAUUUAAUUUGUAUGUACUUUUACUAGUCACGCU